AUGAGUAACAUUUACAUCCAGGAGCCUCCCACGAACGGGAAGGUUUUAUUGAAAACUACAGCUGGAGAUAUUGAUAUAGAGUUGUGGUCAAAAGAAGCUCCUAAAGCAUGCAGAAAUUUCAUACAGCUUUGUUUGGAAGCAUAUUAUGACAACACCAUAUUUCACAGAGUUGUGCCUGGCUUUAUAGUCCAAGGGGGCGACCCCACCGGCACAGGGACUGGCGGAGAGUCUGUCUAUGGGGCCCCCUUCAAGGAUGAAUUCCACUCACGGUUGCGUUUUAAUCGGAGAGGACUGGUUGCCAUGGCAAAUGCUGGCCCUCACGAUAAUGGCAGCCAGUUUUUCUUUACCCUGGGUCGAGCUGAUGAACUUAACAAUAAGCACACCAUCUUUGGAAAGGUUACAGGGGAUACAGUAUAUAACAUGCUACGCCUGACAGAAGUAGACAUUGAUGAUGAAGAAAGACCACGAAAUCCACAUAAAAUAAGAAGUUGUGAGGUUUUAUUUAAUCCUUUUGAUGACAUCAUUCCAAGAGAAAUAAAAAAGCCAAAAAAAGAAAAACCAGAGGAGGAAGUGAAGAAAUUGAAACCCAAAGGCACAAAAAAUUUUAGUUUACUUUCCUUUGGAGAGGAAGCUGAGGAAGAAGAGGAGGAAGUGAAUCGAGUUAGUCAGAGCAUGAAGGGGAAAAGCAAAAGUAGUCAUGACUUGCUUAAGGAUGAUCCACAUCUCAGUUCUGUUCCAGCUGUUGAAAGUGGAAAAGGGGAUGCAGCAGAGGAUUCAGAUGAUGAUGGAGAAUAUGAAGGUGCAGAGCAUGAUGAAUAUGUUGAUGGUGAUGAGAAGAACCAGAUGAGAGAAAGAAUUGCAAAAAAGUUAAAAAAGGACACAAGUGAGAAUGUUAAGACAGCUGGAGAGAGUGAAGUGGAGAAGAAAUCAGUUAGCCGCAGUGAAGAACUCAGAAAAGAAGCAAGACAAUUAAAGCGGGAGCUCUUAGCAGCAAAACAGAAGAAAGUAGAAAAUUCCACAAAACAAGCAGAAAAAAGAAGUGAAGAGGAAGAGGCUGCUCCAGAUGGUGCUGUUGCAGAAUACAGACGAGAAAAGCAAAAAUAUGAAGCUUUGAGGAAGCAGCAGGCAAAGACAGGAACUUCCCGGGAAGACCAGACUCUUGCGCUGCUGAACCAGUUUAAAUCUAAACUCACUCAAGCAAUUGCUGAAACUCCUGAAAAUGACAUUUCUGAAACAGAAGUAGAAGAUGAUGAAGGAUGGAUGUCGCAUGUACUUCAGUUUGAGGAUAAAAGCAGAAAAGUGAAAGAUGCAAGCAUGCAAGACUCAGAUACAUUUGAAAUCUAUGAUCCUCGGAAUCCAGUGAAUAAAAGGAGAAGGGAAGAAAGCAAAAAGCUGAUGAGAGAGAAAAAAGAAAGAAGAUAA